AUGAAUGAGACCAAGGGCCACAGGGGUGCAGAGCAUCCCUCGCCAAUCGUGAGCACACCGGCCAAGUCUCCAGCCAAGACCCCAAUAAAGACCCCAAUAAAGACCCCAAUUGACACCCCAGCUAAGAGCCCAGCCAAGACCCCGCAGAUGGUACAAGGCAGCGAUAACAGCAAGGCCAGCGCAGCUAUCGCUGUCGCUGGCGAGGGACUAGACGCUACAGUCGCGGAUAUGGUGAAUACCGAGAGAGUGAAGGCGACCCAUGGCACUACGGACCGGAUUACGGACCGGAGUGAUGCGGGUACGGUGGCUGCAGCGAACGAGAUGCCCGACGCGACAGCGGGUCGGGAGACAAUUGGGAGUCCAGAGAUAGUUACGGGGCGGGACGUAGUUGCGAGGCCGAACGUGAUUGGUGAGAGAGGGUCGAGUCUGGUUGCAAGUCGGUCGGAUACGGAGGUGCCAACGAGUGUGGUGGACGUUCCGUUGUUGACACAGGCGGCGCGACUGGGCGAUUUUGUAGCGAGUCUUCCGGGUCAGAUGAUGAGUUUGUUGAGUCCACAAGCGGUACGGGAUAUCCCGGGUGAGGAUGACCCAUCUCCCCCGGCGUCGGAGGGUUCCCGAGCACGACGGUUGCCACGAUCGACGCCAUCGUUGUUAAAGAGUCCAGGGAGUGCGCCCUUUGGAUUUUCAUUUGCGCCGGCUGGUCUGUUAUUCCCAUAUCAUUACGGCGUAGCUACGUAUUUACGACAUGUGGGUCACAUUACGGAGCACACACCGUUAAUGGGGAGCAGUGCGGGCGCGUUGGUAGCGGUAUGUGUCGCUUUGGACCUUGAGGCAAAUGCGGUGUGGAAAAUGUUGUACCAAUUGGAGACGGAGUUCACGUUACACGGUACCCGCGGCAAGAUGAAGAAACAUGUCCGUAAAGGUCUGGAGCGCUGUCUACCCGCUGAUUGUCAUGAUGCACUUAACUCUAGGGCGCAGCCUGCUUACGUUAUCUACACGGCGCUGAAGGGACCCCUACUCAAGGCCCGUUUCUGCCACCGGUUUGCCGACAAACAGGACGUCAUCAGCUGCCUCCUGGGCAGCUGCAAUAUCCCAAUGUACUUCACCAACAAACCCUGGGUCAGCGUCCGCGGCGACUGGGCUGUAGAUGGCUACUUUAGCGACGUCAAAAACUUCGGCUGCCCACCCUUUCCGGAGCCUCCGGUCAAACAGCACGUGAAGGUCAUGCCCUUCGAAGCUACAAAAAUCCUCGGCCACGGCGCCACGCCCCUCGCUUACAUCGCCCCUGACCUCUGCCAGUUCGAUAAUGAAAUCCCCGUAAAGGCCGUCCAGGAAUUUGUAGAGUACACAGUCGCAUACCCAGCCGUGCAACCUGAAGAUGUCGGCGAAAAAAGACAUCAACUACCCUCAGGACACCCCGACAAAUUCAUCACCCAUCGCGAAUACACCACCACCGCUGCCUCCGCACGAUCUCACAAAAGGGGCUCUAGACGACGCAGAAACAGCGUCUCCUGCAAACGCGCCGAAAGCUCCGAUGUCCGCCGGAAUAACGCUGCCACCCAACCCGGCACGCGCAGUCGUACCACUAGCCCUUGCCACCGCAGCGGCACCCCACAUCCUCACGGCCUGACAUCAUCGCGACUUGACCCCUUUGCACCCGGCACAGCCCAACCUCUCCGCUACAUCACCGGUGAGUCCGCCGGCAGUCAACUUGGUAGCCAACGGGACGACCAGGACGCUGAACCAGACUUGGAACCAGGCCUGGAACAAUACCUCGAACCAGACUUGGAGCCUAGUGCAUCUCGGGGACCCUCCGGGAAGGGGCAGACCGGAGACGGGCAGACCGGAGACGGACAGACCGGAGACGGACAGACCGGAGACGGACAGACCGGAGACGGACAGACCGGAGACGGGCAGACAGCGGUUUUCCAGUUGCCUCACGUGAGCACACCGCUGGGCGCCAUGCCUGCUGAGGUGGACGUGGACGCAGGAGGCAGGCCAUUGAGUCCCUCACACCCUGCGGAGACAGUGGGUGAGAAGGUAGACAAGCGCGAGCAAGUAGAACCCCAGGGCCUGUUGCAAUCGCGGCCGACGGACAAGUUGCCUUCCGUGCGCGUAAGGGAGUCGUUCGAAGCGGCCAUUGCCGAACAGCUUUCUGAAAAUAUGCCCACGAUCGAGAAACACGACUCCAGUAUUAAACAGGGGGCUGAACUUGAAGGCAUGAUUCCCGGAGCAGAAAAUGUUGUGCAGCUCCUCACCAGCCCCAAGACGCUGUGGAAUGGCCUUACCCGCAGACUCAUGGGCCAUGGAGAAAUGUCGCUCGACGAAGUCAAACCUCUCCAACCUUGGGGUAUCAGCCUCAAAAAAAGACCCACCGCAGAAGAGCUGGCGCCCGUAGAGCAGGCGCCAGUGGCCGUAAGCCAGACAUCUUCGCUGCCGUUCUGCCGUUUCUCCUGGGGACGCCUGUUGCAGCUGGCGCUGACCCCUGCAUACGAGUCUACGGUGGUGACAGAGCUUUUCGAACUAGGGCGAGCUGACGCCUUCCGGUGGCACCAACUACUGCUCCGGAAACAGGCCGAGGCUGAGGCACUGCGCACCCGGGACCCUGGAGCCGGAACCUGA